UCACACGUACAUUCAACAACAUCUAAUGGCUGCUACCUCUUCACGACACUAUCACUUUCAAGUGAUCAUUGCUCUCUUCUUCUUCUUGCUCAAUACUCUUCAUUGCGUCUGGAACUGUGUCACAGUUGCUGCUGCUGAUACUACAACAACCAAUGUGUACAUUGUGUAUAUGGGUGAGAAGCAGCAAGAGAACCCAGCAGCCAUAGUGACGUCUCACCAUAAUAUGCUAGCAACGUUGCUCGGAAGCAAAGAAGCUGCCAAGAAUUCGAUUCUCUACAGCUAUAAGCAUGGCUUCUCUGGGUUUGCAGCUUCUCUAAGUGAUUCCCAGGCAAAAGCAAUUGCAGACUUGCCGGGUGUUGUCCUUGUGUUCCCUAAUCGCAUUCAUAAAGUCCACACUACCCGAAGCUGGGAUUUUCUAAGGCUCAGUCCACUGCCAAACUCAAAAAGUAACCUUUUGACUAAGGCUCAUAUGGGUGACGGGACUAUUAUUGGUGUUAUAGACUCAGGAAUCUGGCCAGAGUCAGAAAGCUUCAAGGAUGAUGGCAUGGAUCCGAUUCCAUUGCGUUGGAAAGGAACUUGCCAAACUGGGCAGAAUUUCACUUCCACCAACUGCAAUAAGAAAGUCAUUGGUGCUCGCUGGUUCAGUAGCGGCUAUGAGAAGAUGUUCGGGCCCAUCAAUACUACUGAAGAGUAUUUGUCCCCAAGGGAUAAAAUAGGGCAUGGCACUCACACUGCUUCCAUAGCUGCGGGUCGUUUUGUACCAAAUGCAAGCUAUAAAGGGCUAGGUAGAGGUUUAGCUAGAGGGGGUGCCCCUCUUGCUCGCCUAGCAAUCUACAAGGUUGCUUGGUAUGGAGAAUCAACAGAUGCAGAUGAACUAAUGGCAUUUGACACGGCCAUACAUGAUGGAGUAGACAUUUUAUCUGUGUCUUUAGGGCGUAAAGGAGGACUGCCUCUGCAGGCGUUUUUGGAGGAUGGAAUUGCAAUUGGUUCAUUUCAUGCAGUAGAAAAGGGGAUUCCUGUGGUUUGUUCAGCAGGAAACGAUGGCCCUUCCUCUGAUACGGUUGGGAACACGGCUCCAUGGAUCAUCACUGUUGCUGCCACCACUAUUGACAGGGAUUUCCUAUCAAAUAUUACACUUGCAAAUGUAACAAACCUAAUAAUACGCCAUUUAUAUAUAAUUAAUGUCAUCAAAGCAGCAAGGCUAUACAUAGAAUCUAUCUAUAAUGAUGCUUGCACGGAAGGAAGUCUGAAUGCGACAUUAGUGAAAGGGAAGGUUGUCCAUUGUUUUGCGCAACCAUAUUCACGACGAUCCGCAAUCGAGAUUGCUGAAGUUGUUGAGAGAGCAGGAGGAGUCGGCGUUAUAUACACCCAAGCUCACAAUGACAUCCUCACUCCUUGCCCCAUUCCUUGUUUGAAAGUAGAUUUUGAAAUGGGGACAAACAUACAUUCCUACAUCAGAAAUGCAAGCUCACCACUUGUGAGGAGCAGUCAGCCACAGACUGUAGUUGGGAAAAAGAUAUCUCCGUUAGUGGCCUCAUCCUCAUCCAGAGGACCAAAUACUUUGUUACCUGACGUGUUGAAGCCUGAUAUAGCCGCACCAGGAGUGAACAUCUUAGCUGCAUUUCCUCCAAUUGACGGUUACCCUUAUGAAUUCCAAUCUGGAACUUCAAUGGCUUGCCCUCAUGUGGCUGGAGUGGUUGCCCUCAUCAAAAAAUUGCACAGAAAUUGGUCGCCUGCAGCCAUAAAAUCAGCAAUUAUGACCACUGCCUCACGAACUGGAACAGAUGGACUGGUAAUAUUGGCACAGGGAGGCAAUCUCAAGCCUGCGACCCCUUUCGACUUGGGUGGAGGGAAUAUCAAUCCCAUGAAAGUAGCAUAUCCAGGGCUCAUUUAUGAUAUUAGCACCCAGAACUAUAUUCAGUUCCUCUGUUCCAAACGCUACAGUGAGAAACAGAUGGCAACCUUUACUAACAGAAAUGACUCAUGUUCAAGGAAUAAGAGGCUAAUGUCUAGCUUGGACCUCAAUCUCCCCUCCAUCUCAAUCCCAUACCUUGAAAAUACUGUAACAGUCACCAGGACUGUGACAAAUGUGGGGCCCGUUAAUUCAGUCUACAGAGCUUAUGUGAUAUCUCCACCUGGUAUUGGAGUUAAAGUUGAACCACACACACUAUCCUUCACUGCAUCCACCAAAGCGCUUUCCUUCAAAGUCACAUUUAAUUCUACUCAAAAGCUGCAGCUUAUGGAUUACGUAUUUGGAUUCCUGACUUGGACUGAUAAAAAGCAUGUGGUCAGGAUUCCGCUGGCGGUUCGUGUUGCUCAUCAGUAUUCUAGUUCUCAGAGAUAAUAGCCUCGAGUUCUUUUUUUAAUUUUU